CGAGACGAAUCUAUAUCGUUUGUGUACACCGCAGUUAGCUGUUAUAUUUCUCGUUCCAGUUUCAGUGAUGUUUACAUUUUCGAAAAAGAUUCCGCGAAAACAUUUUUAUUGAAAAGCCGUAAAUACUAUCAGAAUUUUCAAUUAUAAUACACUAGAGCGAAUUGAAACACAGUGAUUAUAUUAGAUGUAUCAUAUAGUUCAUCGAACCAUGGAGACUGUAUACGUCUGCAUGCAUCUAACUCAACUAUUCAUUUUAACCAAUAGUGAAUUGGGAAAAUUCUUGACUGAGCCAAGUUUUUGGAGACCACACUCGCGCCGUCAUGCAAAAUGUAUUCAAUUGCAAAGACAAUAAUACGUUUGCGACUACAUCUCUAGAUAGAACCCUUAAAGUCUAGCAAUUAUGGUGGUAACAAGCCUUACCUUAUCUGUGGUGCUGAUGAUCGUUAUGUUAAAAUUUAGGUUGAUCAGAACAAAACUUGUAUUCAGAAUUUAGAAGGACACAGAAAAUAUUACAAUUAUCUGCUUCUAUCCUGAGUUGCCAAUUAUACUGACUGGAUUAUAGGAUGACACUAUAAGGAUUUGGCAUGCUGGUACCUACAGGCUUGAACUCGUCUCAUCUAUGGCUUUGAAAGAGUUUAGACAAUUACAUCUACAAAAGGUUCUAAUAAUGUAGCUAUUGGUUACAAUGAAGGUAGUGUAAUGCUAAAAGUUGGUUGUGAGGAACCAGCUGUGUCUAUGGAUUCUCUUGGUGGUAAAAUUGUAUGGGAAAAACAUAGUGAUAUUAAGCAGGUCAAUUUGAAAGUACUUGGAGAAGAAGCUCAGGAAGGUGAAAAGUUGUCAUUAAAUGUCAAAGACAUGGGUGUUUGUGAAAUCUAUCCACAAACAAUUCAUCACAAUCCUAAAGGAAGAUUCGUCGUAGUUUUUGAUGAUAGUUUAUUAUUUAUAAGCUUAUAGGCUUGAGAAACAAGGCUUUUGGACAGGCUUUUUGAAGUUGUCUGGGCUGCAGAUUUGAGUUAGUAUGCUGUCAGAGUUUAUCAUACCGAUAUUAAACUGAUCCAAUAUCUGAAGGAGGUAAUAGCUUUGUUCAAAAAUUAUAAAAUAAUCAGUACAGUCUUCAGUAAUUGUAUACAAAGUUGAUCACUUCAGGCUAUUAUUGUUUUCUGAAUAUGGACCAAUGAAUUAGAAUCUUUCACAUCUAAUUUUGCGGAAAAUACAUGCACAUGUAUUGGAUCAUUUACAAAAGCAGCUGCAUAUAAUAGAGUACAAGGGAGAAUGUUAAUUUGCUAUUCUCACAAGAAAAAAUUUGCAAUUUUAGGUAAAAACUCUGAAAAAAUUUCUGAAGCAUGUGCAGUUGAUUAUUGUAAUAAAGAUUAAAUGUUUUUAAUUUUAAAGGCCAUACAGAAUUACAAAAUGUAAAAGACCAUUGUCUUUUAUUAUGGUAUUUAUAUGGUAUUUAGUCUGGAUAGUACAGAAGCUUGCAAACUAAAUGAAUUUUUCAUAGCUAAUUGUAUACAAUGGCGUUAAGACUGUAUUAGUUCAUGAUGAAAUGAAAAUUACUCACAUUAAUGAAUGAAUUGAAAAAAUAUUUACCAGGAAUGAUUCUGUACUGACGAAAUUUUGACUUCAAAAACUCCAUUUAAUUGAAGAUUUUCUGUACUCAUGGAUAAUAUAAACAUUUACAGCUUUUCAAUAAAAAUGUUUUCGCGGAAUCUUUUUUGAAAAUGUAUCACUGAAACUGGAACGAGAAAUAGAACAGCUAACUGCGGACGUAUGUGUACACCCACAGCCAUUAAAACGAAACGAAACGAAACGAAUUACUUUUUCCUAGAGAUUUGGUUAAGCAACUUAAGUGAUCCAAAAUGACAAAUUCCAAGGGUUACCGCAGGGGAACGCGAGACCUGUUCUCGCGGAAGUUCCGUAGACACGGAGUCAUCCCCUUAUCUACCUACAUGAAGGUAUAUAAAGUUGGUGAUAUUGUUGACAUUAAAGGCAAUGGUGCUGUGCAGAAGGGUAUGCCCUAUAAAGUGUACCAUGGCAGGACUGGAAGGGUAUUCAAUGUUACCCAGCAUGCUUUGGGAGUUAUUGUCAACAAAAGAGUGCGUGGACACAUCAUUGCUAAAAGAAUCAAUGUCAGAAUUGAGCACGUUAACCAUUCCAAGUGUAGAGAAGAUUUCUUGACAAGGGUCAAAGAGAAUGAGAAGCUUCGUAAAGAAGCCAAAGAAAAUAGGGUCCAGGUGUCCCUUAAGAGGCAACCAGCCCAACCAAACCUGGCACAUGUUGUAUCUGGCAAAGAUAAGCCACGACUGUUAGCUCCUAUACCCUAUGAAUUUAUAGCAUAAGUUGGAAUAAAUUUAAUUUGU